UCUUGACGGAAGCAUGACAGUUCUAAAGCUUAGUGAAAAAUGACUGAGAUGAAAGUAAACGGCUCACUUGGAGCCGGUGAACCGGAAGAUACUUUAGAUUUUAGACUCACGGAAGGGAACAUGAAAAAGGUACCAUCAUCAUCUCGAUUUCAAGUGGCUAGGGUUGAUUUUGCGGAACCUGUAGACAAAGAAGAAGCUGAGUCGGAUGCAGAAGACACCAUUGACAGAGAAAAUGAAAAUAGAGGAGACCGUUAUCAACGCCAGGAUUCUCACAGGGAUUCAAUAAAUGUGUAUAUUGAUACGAUUAGUCCAACUGCUACAUAUCAAUCUGUCAAUGCUAAUACUAAUCAUAAAACUUUUGGGAAAUACACAACAGAAGCUCUGCCACACGUGGAUCAUUACAGAAAUUUACUUUCUGCAACAAAUGCACUUAAAAGCAGACCCACCCUUGCAGAACUACAUGAAGAAAAGGAUGAAUUAGAAUCCAAAGGAAAACCAAGUGAGCCAUUAUUAAGUAAUGCUGUAACAGUAGAAGAAGGAAAAGCUUCCGGUCCUACAGCUAUUAAAUUUGGUUGGAUCAAAGGUGUUCUGGUACGAUGUCUUCUAAACAUUUGGGGAGUGAUGUUAUUUUUAAGAUUGUCAUGGGUAGUAGGUCAAGCAGGCACUGGACUGACCUCUGUUAUAAUUUUACUUUCUGUGGUUGUGACUUUAAUAACAUCCGUCUCAAUGUCAGCUAUUUGUACAAAUGGAGAAGUGAAGGGAGGAGGUGCUUACUUUAUGAUAUCACGUAGUUUAGGUCCAGAAUUUGGUGGUGCUAUUGGACUGAUUUUCUCUGUUGCUAAUGCUGUAGCUGUUGCCAUGUAUGUUGUAGGGUUUGCAGAGACUGUCCGAGAUAUAUUGAAGGAACACGAUGCCUUGAUGAUAGACGAGGUCAAUGAUAUACGUAUAAUUGGUAUACUUACUACUACACUACUGCUAGUAAUCGCUAUCAUUGGUAUGGAGUGGGAAGCUAGAGCACAGAUGGUGUUGUUAGUAGCCUUAUUAAUUGCCCUUGUUAAUUUUAUAAUUGGAACAUUUAUCCCUCCAAGUAAAGAAAAUUUAGAUAGAGGUAUCGUAGGAUAUAAUAGUACUCUUUUUGAAGAAAAUUUGAAGCCCCAGUUUAGAGAUGGUGAAUCUUUUUUCUCUGUAUUUUCUGUAUUUUUCCCCGCUGCGACAGGCAUAUUGGCCGGGGCUAAUAUAUCAGGAGAUUUAAAAAAUCCUCAGAAAGACAUUCCUCAAGGAACAAUUCUUGCCAUUUUAAUAUCAUCUGUUGUGUAUAUAAUUGUUGCAUGGAUAUUAGGCGCUACUGUGAUACGAGAAAUUCCAUUGACAGUGUGUCAAUCUAUGCUUGUAAAUAAUACUUUACAAUUAAACACCAGCCUUGUUACCUCUGACAAUAUAACAUCUACAAUGGCUAAUUGUACUGUUGAUUCACAAAGUAUGUUUGGAUUAUUGCAUGAUUUUCAGGCAAUGGAAAAGAUAUCAGGCUUUGGACCUUUGAUCACCAUUGGUAUAUUCUCAGCAACUCUGUCUUCAGCAUUAGCCAGUCUUGUAUCUGCUCCUAAAGUCUUCCAGGCUGUAUGUAAAGAUAAGAUAUUUCCCAAGAUAGAUUUCUUUGCUAAAGGAUAUGGUGUGAGUGAUAAUCCAAGACGAGCCUAUAUAUUGGCAUACUUUAUAGGGUUAGGAUUUGUUUGUAUAGGUGAUUUGAAUGCUAUAGCUCCGAUUAUAUCCAACUUUUUCUUAAUGGCUUACACACUUAUUAAUUACGCUGUGUUUGAUGCAUCCCUAGCCAGAUCUCCAGGAUGGCGUCCUGCUUUCCGUUACUACUCUAUGUGGAUAAGUUUGUUGGGUGCCUUACUAUGUACAACUGUGAUGUUUAUAAUUAAUUGGUGGACAGCUCUCAUUACUUUUGCUGUCAUUGUAGCUUUGUUUGUAUAUGUACAUCAUAUCAAGCCAGAUGUUAAUUGGGGUUCAUCCACACAAGCCCAUGUAUAUAGAACUGCUUUACAAUCUACAUUAAAAUUAAUCCAGGUGGAAGAUCACAUCAAAAACUUCAGACCUCAGAUAUUAGUAUUAACAGGACUACCAAAGUCAAGACCAGCUUUAGUGGACUUUGUGUGGUCACUUUCAAAGAAAGUCAGCUUAAUGAUGUGUGGCCAUGUUCUUAUAGGAGAUUUUAAUGAUAAUGUGAAGUUGAUAAACAGAUACAAAUCAUACGAGGUAAACAGAUGGCUAAAUAAGAAAAAGAUUAAGGCGUUUUACAGUGCAACAUCAGCUGUGAAUUUCAGGACAGGUGUCCAGGCUCUUAUGCUAAACACAGGAUGUGGUAAACUGCGACCUAAUGUAGUGAUGAUGGGUUUUAUGUCAGGUUGGAGGACGAAAGAAGACCAACGUCUAGUUGAGGAAUACUUUAAUGUAUUUCAUGAUGCUUUUGACCUGCAGAUGGGAAUGGCUAUACUAAGAGUAAAGGAAGGAUUUCUUGUUGAUGAAAGUGGUGAUUGUACAAAGCAAGAGCAAGAGGAAGAAGUCAACUUAAAUGAUGAAGAUGAAGACGAAAAUGAUCAGGAAAGAGAUAAAACUCUGAACAUUCCUGAGGGAUCACCUACCAUGUUACGUCGUUAUAGUACAGCAUCCACCAAUGGGGAAGUGGGGACUCAUGCUUCUACACCUAAUAGAGACAUGGAGAAGGAUGACUCUGCAUCUCCUUUAGAUCAGCUGUCAGAAAGGUUUGGUGGAAAAAAGAUUAGGAAAGGAACCAUAGAUGUUUGGUGGCUGUUUGAUGAUGGAGGUUUGACAUUACUGUUACCAUACAUUCUGACUACACAGAAACAAUGGAGUAACUGUAAACUGAGAAUAUUUACAGCAGGGACAAAGAGAGGAGAGAUUGAUAGAGAACAGAGACAGCUAGCAACACUAUUGAGUAAAUUCAGAAUAGAUUGCAAAGAAAUGUAUGUUUUGCCAGAAAUAGGACGUAAACCAAGUGAGAAAAGUAUGAAGUCUUUUGAAAGUUUGUUGGAAGGUUGGAUGUUAGAUGAGGAUAAUGGAGAGACUAAAGAACAGUUUCCAUGGAAAGUUUCAGAGGAGGAUUUAAUUUUAUUGAAAGAAAAGACGCAGAGAAAUGUUAGAUUGAGCGAGCUUUUGAAGAUCAAAUCAUCAGAAGCGUCUUUGAUUGUAAUGACUUUACCAAUGCCUAGGAAAGGUACCUGUCCAGCAGGAUUGUACAUGGCAUGGUUGGAUGUUUUGACAACAGGAAUGCCACCGAUAUUGUUGUUACGUGGUAAUCAGAGCAGUGUGUUGACAUUCUAUUCAUAGCUUUAAGGUUGUGAGAAGAUACAGAUGAAAACAAAAGAAAAUGGCAUAAACAGAAUGGAUUUGAUAGUUGAACAAGUGCAGAGAGAUUCAUUUCAGAAAGCAAAUACUGGUUACAAUACUGAAGACAUGGAAGUGUUAGGACUAGAAAUAAAUAGGCUGGUAAAGAUAGACUACUGUACAAUGUAUUAUGUAUACAGGGAUGAUAUCAUGUGAGCAGAAAAAGAGAAUAAAGACUGAUACAUUAAUUAACAUUAGAAGUAUUUUUUGUUCUUUUGUACUCACAUGUUUUGAUUUUGUCAAAAAGUUGUUUCCACUUUCAUACAUGAUUUGACAUUUGUAUGGAAGAUCGAAACGAAGUAAAAGUAAUAAGACAUUAUUUGUUAAUUUAUUUUUUCCAAUUCUGAUUCACACUGACAUAAUUUAUUGGCUGGCUCUUAGGACUCAUUUGAUCAAACUUAAUGGUUUCAAAUGCGGUAUCUUAAAUAGAAAAUAUUUUUGUAAUCAUAUUUUUCGGAAAUAUAGUGUAAGAUAAAUUGCACUUUCUUUUAACUUUGUUAUAUAUAUAGUGAGUCACAAACUUGUUAUAGAGAUAUUUUGCUUACUGUGAUAUACAUUUAUUUUCCAUAUAAAUCUUAAUACUGUGGAUUCACUAUAAUUUGUGGGGUACUUAUUUCCUUUGGGGGAUGAACAUUAACAAUGAAUUUUAAAUGGUUAAAAAAAUACAAGUUUUCUAUAGGCUUGUAUGCAAAAAUAGUUGAAACCACAAAAUCAAGUUUCCAUGACAACAAAUGAAUCCAUACUACUCUGUUACGCAUUACAUGACAAAUAUAAUUUAAUAUUCACUAAUUUCAUAUUUUGUAAGCUAAUAAAGUAUUACUAAUGCAUAAACCAUUUAUUUUUAUAAAGAUUACUAUGAUAAACUGUCUCAAUUUUGGGGGAAAUGUGCGGAAUAAAAUUACCUAUAUUUUGGUAACAAGAAAAUAUAUAUUGAAAGGAUAAUGGUUACUAUGGAAUUCAGACCAUAACAGGCUUUUAUCAAAAACAAUAAGAAAUGUUGCUUUUCUUCUUUUUUUCUUAAGUUUAUUUAUUUCAUUAUAGCUUGAAAUUCUGUUUCCACCCUCCUUCAUAGAGGACCGCCUUUUUUAAGCUAAGAAAAUGUUACCUCUGGUGCUAGAUUCAAUAACAGAGAAAACACUACCAUUAUGUACAACAAACAAGACCAUAAAAUGAGAUGGUUCUCAAGAAGGGAUUUUAUAUGAGGGGAGCCUUUGUAUUAUAUUUUUCAUUAAUGAUUAACAUAAAUCAGUAAACCCAAAUUGUGUAAAAUCUGUCUAUACAUCUAUUUACAAGAUAAGUUAAAUUAAAAACAUAAAGUGAAAUAAACAUAGAUAUAUUUAGAUUGCCCAAUGGUUUAUUUUAAAGAUUGCAGUUUAAAUGUUAAAACUCAAAACUGAGAUUAAGGUUAGGAAGUUUGCAAUAUUUUUUGUGUUCAGUUUAUAUUUAUUUUAUCGCAAUUAUUUUGUCAAGAAUUUACAAAGCAUAAGGAAAAAAACUGAUGUGUUUUAGGUGAUCUUCUGAAAGAAAAAUAAUUACAAUCAUCUGGUUCAAUAUCUUUAAAUAACUUAUGUUAUUAGCUCAGAUAGUCCAAAAGUCAGCUAUAGUUAUCCCUGUUUAGUUGAAAAAUAUUGUCUCAGAAUGAUCUUUGUAGUACAAACAAAUUGACAUAAAAAUUUUUUUUAAAAAGAUAUAUAUAAAAAAAAUAUACAACAAUUAAGAUAAUUUAGUCAAUACAAAAUAUUGAUGAACUUCUGAUUAAAUAAUAAACAGCUAUUGUAAUUUAUGAACAUCAUGACAAAUCUAUUCAUCAAUAUUAAAAGUAAAUUUUAAAUAGUUUAAAUGUUUUGUACUAAUUUAUAAGAUACAGAGUUUAAUGCUUAACAAACUACAAUCAAUAAUUUGGGUACAUGCCAGUAUAAUGAAUAAUAAUGAUGAAAUAUAACAAAGUAAUAGUUAAUUGUGGAUUUUUAGUAAAAUUUUGUUUGGCUGCUGUCUCAGGAAUAUUUAUUUAUUCCACAUCUCAUUUUACUAAUAUAUGCAUAAUAAAAGUACAUCGUCUGAUAUGGAUAAAAUUUCAUCCUUAAUGAACCAAUGUGAAGUUCAAAUACAUUUUUUUUUUAGAUUUAAGAAGUUUAGAAAAAUACUAUUUCUCCAUGUUAAUAAACACAAAACACAGCAGUUUCAUUCUAAAAGCUUUGAUUUGUAUUAAUAUUUUACAUGUAUCUUAGUUGACAAUAUUACUUUUUACUUUAUUUAUUUGAUUGUUAACUUUUCUCAUUUAUAUUUUUUAGUUGAACAUAGUAUUUAUUAUGCUUUUAUAUGUUUUGUUAGAAUUUAGUGGAGGGAUAUAAUCUGUGCUAUUUAUGUAGAAUUUAUUGUUUUGACUGUUUCAUUCUAAAAUAGUUCAGGUCUUCUCAUGAUGUCUAGGCAUUACAUGCCUUGAAAAAGGGCUGUUUAGCCAGCAUUUAUAAAUGUAUCAUUAAUUAUUUUUUAUAAACAAGUUCAGUAGGAAAAAAUGAUUUUGACCAAUUCAAGAAUUUUGAUCUUUGAAUUUCCAUUUCCUGCUUUACAACAAUCAUUUCUGAUAAGAUUGUUUGUCCUGCAUGUAUAAGUCUGACAGUCAUUGCAUUGUAUUAGGUCAAUGAAAAGUACAUACUUAGCACAUGACUGAAAUAAUUGGACUUGGCUGUAAAGAGGGCAAAGAUUAUGAGAAAGGAGUGGGGGGGGGGG